AUGGAGACCGGCCUGAAAGUCCUGCUGAUCAUCAGGGUGGUCACAGCCCCCGCGCCAUCAUUGUCCCUCUGCCCAACCCACGAGGAUGCAGUUUUAGCUGCAGUUCAGAUCUACAACCAAGAGCCAGGCACAACACUGGCCUAUCAGCUCCUGGAGUGUAAGCCGCAGCCAGACUGGGACAUGUCUUCAAAAACUAUCCAGCCGCUGACAUUCACUGUUCAAGAGACAGCGUGCCUGGUAUCAGAGAAACAUGACGUCAACCAGUGUGAAUUCAAAGAAGAUGGGGUUAGAAAAGACUGCUCUGGAUUCUUCUCCACUGAACAGGACCCCCCUUCCAUCAUUAUCAAAUGUGAGGUGGCAUCUGAGGAUCCUAAUGUCAUCUCACAGGGCCGCUGA